AUGAAGCUUCCAACCAUUUUCACUGUAACGACUAUUUUGGCAGCAUGUUUCGCUACUUUGGCUGUAGCUGUGCCUUUCGAAGCAGUCGCUGUGCCGUUUGAAGAAAGAGCAAUGACAACAAACAAGCCAGUCUAUGUUACGUUCAAAGAGAUUGCGCAUAUCAUCAUUCAAUUAGACGGUGCGCAAAACAAUCCUGUUCCACCUGGACCUCCUGAUUUCAAUGCGAGUGCAAAUUUACUCAAUCAAUUAUCCCUGAAAGCGGAAGAAGCAACAAGUCUGCUUCAAGAAAUGGGAACGGAUCAAUUGGAUGACGAUAGCGUAGCGCAUAUCGGUAAAAGUUUACGUAUUAUGGCUAAACAUGUUGUCUCGAUCACAAACAUGGUUGAAGAGGGCAAAGCCUGGUUUGCGCAAUACAAUGCAACCUCAAUUGUUGUUCAAAUUUUGCAAUUGAAUGCAUUCCAGUUUGCUGCUUUGUUCAAAGAAUUAGAGCAACAUGUUCCUCCGACGGUGUAUGGAGACUACGGCAGAAGCAUUACUGCAUUCUUGUGCUCGAUCAUCAAUGCUAUCGAAUAUCUUGAUCCGACAGCAUGCGCACCUGAAGGUAAACGAUUCUGCAAGAAAUGUCAACAUGAUGAAUCACAAUACUAUCAAGGUGGUUCAUUCGAUCAUAGCCAAUUGGCCCCGCCAGGAAUGGAAACAUGCGGAAACAGUUCAGCUAAUUAUAUGCAAUGUGCGUAUGGACAACAAACGAUGGGCACGGAAAGUACUACAUGCCCUUCUCCAACUCCUGCGGUUUCGUGCUCUUCUUAUAGUCCACCACAAAAUGCCUUACUCUUGUAA